AUACUCCCACUCCUAUACGCUUGCGCAAAGCGUCACUGAGGCGCCUCCACGCGGUGGAUCUACGCGAAAGUGCAUCAUUUGGAGUGUAUAACGGGUAGCACGGUUUUUUACUCACGUAUAUCAUUCUGUAUUCUUCCUAUUCAACUGUACUAUUGUUUCACCCCGUAUAUUAAACUCGCAAUUAACGAAGUGAGAAGCGAUUAGCGGAGUGGGAGUUUCGAGGCUCGCUAAGUUCCCCCACCAUCUUCCAAUCUGCGCGGCUUAGUUAUGAACUCUCGUGAAAUGAAAAUAAAUACAUACGCGUGCGCGCGUGUUACAUAACCUUUAUAAUUGGUUACUACAAAUGCAAACACAACUAAAUGGUGUCAAUUCUAAUUAAUAAUUAACUUGUACAUUUUAAUAUCAAAUAUUUAUUGUGUAAUUUUGACGUAUAAUAAUUUUCUUUCUUUUAACUAAUUUUUGUAAGGUGUCCAACAAUAUUUAUGCAUUAAUAGCAUAUUUUAAAUAAUUAAUUAAUUUUGAAUUGUAUAAUUCAUAAAUCUUUAUAAUGUCCAUGUUAAGAAAACUAUCAAGAUUACCACAAAAUGUAUAUUCUUUCAAAAACCUUGUUCAAAAAUAUCCAACAAGAAAUGAAAGUUUUUUGUCAGCAGCCCGACAAUCUUCUACAUUUAAAACUGUACUCAAAGCAAGUUUAGUAGGAAUUUCUAUUGGAUUCCCUAUUGGUGUAGUUAUUACAUCGGGUUAUUCUUGGUACAUAAAUAAAAAUGGUUCCAAAACUUUUCAUCUUGAAGGUAAAGAGCAAAUAGUCGAAGUACUUAAAGAGAAACCACAAGUACCAAUUUCCAGGCAGAUAAUUUCACCCGUCGAUACAACAGGAUUAAAAUUAACACUUUUUCAAUAUCAAACAUGUCCCUUCUGCUGCAAGGUCAGAGUUUUUUUGGAUUACUAUGGAAUAUCUUAUGAUAUCGUGGAAGUUGAUCCAGUAUUGCGAAAAGAGAUAUCAUGGUCUUCUUACAAAAAAGUACCAAUACUUUUAGCACAAAUAGAUUCUGGAUAUGAACCUCUACAUGAUAGCUCUAUGAUUAUUUCACUAUUAGCAUCACAUCUAAAAGAUAGAUCACUAAAAAUUGACGAUUUAGUAAAAGAUUAUCCUAGUAUAGCAAUGCACGAUGAAAACAGUAAAUUGAAGUAUGAAAUCAUGAACAAAUACUUUUUAAUGUAUAAAGAAACUCUGCCUUCAAAUAAAGACAUGAAUGAUAUUAUGGAAGAACGUAAAUGGAGAAAAUGGGCUGAUGAUACACUUGUUCAUACGCUUUCACCAAAUGUAUAUAGAACACUAGAUGAAGCUUAUAAAACUUUCAAUUGGUUUUCUGAAGUCGGUAAAUGGAAGGAAUAUUUCCCAACAUGGGAAAGAUUAAUAAUGGUAAAUGUAGGUGCAAUGGCAAUGUGGAUUAUAUCAAAACGACUGAAACAAAGACAUCAUCUUAAAGAUGAUGUUCGACAAUCUCUGUAUGACGAAAUUAAUACAUGGUUGCGAUCUAUUAAGAAACGCGGUGGCACAUUUAUGGGAGGGAGUAAACCUAAUUUAUCAGAUCUCACUGUUUAUGGGAUUUUGAAAAGCAUAGAAGGCUGUGAUGCUUUUAAAGAUGUCUUGGAUAACACAAAACUGAGCACAUGGUAUAAUGCUAUGACAAAAGAGGUAGAAGCACAUUCAGGAAGCAAUUAUUUGAUACCUAAGUAAUGUAAAUAUACAUAUUAAUUUAUUUUAAACUAGUUUGUAUUGCUGAAGCCAAUUACGUUAAAAUUAUGUUGCACUCGAUUCAUUGCUUCAUUGAAACGUUGAUUUUUAUUUUUUACUUAUAGUAUUAAUAACAUUAUUUUAGUUAUACAUUUGAAACUAUAUCAUGAUAUAAGACCAGAUAUGUAUAAUUACAUUUACAUUCUGCAUUUCUGUAUGAUCUGUAAUAUUGACUUUCAUAGAAUAAAAAAUUAAAAUCAAUGUUAUUAUAAACUUAAUUUUUAUUUAUAUUUAUUGCGAUAGUUACAAUUGAUUUAUAUAGACUAAGUACUGAGGCACAGAAUAGAAAUAUCUUUUUUGUUUAAGCCGCACAAGGUACCUGACGAUACGUCAGUGAAAAUCCUUUAUUUUCAAUUUCGCCCAUUUCAUCUUCAUUUGUAACAACAUACAAUACAAAUGGUUUAGAAUAUGCUAAAAUAAAAACAUCAAAGUAUUUGAAAUUAAUAAUUGUUGUAACAGUCUGUAUAUAUAUAUAUAUAAAAUUCCAUUUCUCCUUUGUAUAAUAAGCACAAUAAACGAUAACAAGAAUGUUUAGAAAUACUUACAAGUCUUUGUCACAAAACCAUUACCGCAAAAUCGUUCUACACCGACUGGUACACCUUUUUCAUAUGGAUGCGGAACGAUAACAAAAUCUUUAGUACAAUUUGUUCCUGAUUCUGCUGCAUAUUCAGUACCUAUUUAUGUAUUUAAAAAUUACCAUGCGUCUCUAUAAAUAUUUUAUUUAUCAAUGUAAUAAAUAAUUAGAAUUCUAUCGCGUAAUUACCUAUAAUAGUAGGGUCAAAAGAACCUGUAUCUCCAGAAACAGAAAAUGAAUUUGAAUUCGUUUGAGACCAUUCAAUGGCACAAUAUCCUUGAGCCAUUCUUACACAUACACCGUAAUUUGUAUUUGCAAUUUGUCUUGUACCAAGUUCUGGGGCUGCAAUAUUUAAUAACAUUGAAAAAAAUUAUGUUUAUUGCAGCAUUAAUUGUGUUCAAUUACAUACACAUUUUCAUAUUUAUAAACAUAUGUUUAUUUUUAAUGCUUUUUUUUCUUUUAAUCUGUUAUUAAAUACCUCUCGGAUUUUGUGUUGUGCCAUAGUUAAAACUAGUUACUGUGCCUGAAACAGUAUCAUAAUACUGUAAGCACCCAUUUGGAGCUGUAACAACAACAAAUGUAAGCAAUAUAAAUGUAUAAUAAAAAUACACUUAAAAAAA